CUUUGGCCGCUGAGUGGCAGUCUUGAGUCGCUCCUGUUCCUUCUUCUUCGCCCACCGUGUUAGCAAUCCACGAAAUCUGCUUCCCCGGCUCACCGCAACCAGAAACAAAACACUCCGGAUGGGGAGGAAGUGCUCCACGAAGGAGCCCGAGCCGCAGCGGCGCUGUUGACCCAGCCGAACUGAGCCGAACAUGGGCCUGAGGAGCCGCCAUCGAACCGCCGGAGCUCCGCUGAGACAGCGCAACACAAAGCGCAUGGAGGCGCGCGCGCUGGUUUAGCGUCUGCGGAUCAUCUCAACGGCUGUUCUUUUUUUUUCUUCCCCUCUCUCUAUUACUGACGCUGCUUGGACGCUGGAGGGCUGUUUUUCUUUUAUUUCUCUUCACAUUUACCAAGACGGAUCUGACGCUCAUCAGUGCACCACCAGCGGCUGGAUAAAGGAGGAGGAGGAGGAGGAAAAUGAGUGAGCAGAGCAUCUGCCAGGCCAGGGCCUCUGUGAUGGUCUACGAUGACGCCAGUAAGAAGUGGGUGCCCAUCAAGCCGGGGCAGCAGGGCUUCAGCCGCAUCAACAUCUACCACAACACUGCCAACAACACCUUCAGAGUGGUGGGGGUCAAACUGCAGGACCAGCAGGUGGUUAUCAACUACUCCAUAGUGAAGGGUUUGAAAUACAACCAGGCCACCCCGACCUUCCAUCAGUGGCGGGACGCUCGGCAGGUCUACGGGCUGAACUUUGCCAGUAAGGAGGAGGCCACCACCUUCUCCAACGCCAUGCUGUUCGCCCUCAAUGUCCUCAGCUCCCCCGACAGCGGAGGUCCUGUAGUUCAGCGCCAAAAUGGUCCAUCCUCAGAAGAAAGUGAAGCUCAGAGGAGGAUGAUGGAGCAACAUCAAAUGCAGGCGCACAAAGAGAGGGAGCGGCGGACAUCAGGAUCAGUCGUUUCCACCCUCCAGUAUAAAGUGUCCACCCCUCCCACCCACCCAGACACUCCUCCUGAGUACAGACAGUUCAGAGCUAGCACACUGCCUCCCUCCUAUGUCCGUGUGGCGUCCUCCUCCUCUCCUCCGUCUCAGGAGAAGGAGUUGGGGGCCAUUCGGGACAAGGCCCAGCUGUCGUCCCAGCUCUCCACCUCGCUCGCCUCUGCCUUUUCCCCAGUCCAGACAGGAGUGAACACCCAGGGCCGUCAGGUCCGUCAGAUCCCCUUGUCCCCUCCCACGGCGGCCCGCCACCUUCAGCAACAACAACAGCAGGACAUCCUCCUCCCCCCCAAACAUGGCACCUGGUCUGCCUCCCACUUGCAGCAGAUGUACCCCCAACCCUCCUCGUCCCCUCCAGUAAUGAUGCCAGUGAAGCAGGGGUUACACCCGCAGCCAGUCCUCCCAGUAGCUCACCCACUUCCACCAGUCAGCACUAGGAUGAAGCCCCCUCCCCUUGAACCUCCUGCCGUUGGGGGCCUCAGUCAGCCGCCACACCCUCACUCCAACGGCCAGCCAGACGAUUCCUACUCUCCUCUUUCCCAGCAUCUCCCCCUCACACCGCAGUACUGCGAGGCGAUCCCCCUCCCUCCUCUGAUUGGUCAGUCAGGCCCCAACCAUCACCCCCAGAACCAGUUAACCUUCCACUCUCAGCAGCAUCUGCACCAACAACACCAGCACCACCAGCAGGCCCAGACCCCCACCACCAUCACCUCAUCUUCCUCAUCCUCCUCGCCCCCCUCUUACACUGCCAUGUCAGACGGGGGCUCUCCCAAGAAGACCCCCUCCCCUGUCCCCCAGCCGGCCCCCGCGGCCAGCAGCAGUGGCCCCGUGUCUGCAGGUCACCCAGCGAUGCUUUCUGUGGCCCCGCCUCCAGCCCCGGCCCUCAUGGCCGGUCCGCCGGCCCCGCCGCCGCCGCCGGGCCCGCCGCCCCCCAUGGCGGUGCCUCCACCCAUGCCCCCUCCUCUGCCCGCCGGUGGGGGCCCCCCCGGGGGCCCGCCUGGGGUCCAGCCUUCAGGACUGGCUGCAGCUCUGGCUGGAGCCAAACUACGCAAAGUGCAAAGGGAUGAGAGCAGCCCACCCGGCUCCGGGGGUAAAUGUGACUCCAACCGGUCGAGUGGUGGCAGCGGCGGCGGCGGAGAGGGGCUUAUGCAGGAGAUGAAUGCCUUACUAGCUCGCAGACGAAAAGCUUCAGAGAAACCUGACGAAGAUGAUUCAGGUGGUCGAGGGCCGGGUCAGCAGAACUCAACAGACGCUCUGAAGAAGCCGUGGGAGCGGUCCAACUCUGCAGACAAAUCCUCGCUGGUGUCCAGAGUGAGACCCAUCGGCAGCACCAGCGAAGCCGACACGGAAUUCGACAGGAUGAAACAGGAAAUUUUGGAUGAAGUUGUGCGCGAGCUGCACAAGGUGAAAGAUGAAAUCAUUAAUGCCAUCAGACAUGAAAUCGGCAGAAUCAGCACAUCCUAAUCCCGUCCCGCCAGGCGGACGAAGACGCGGCAGACGGAGGACGGACGCGCAGAUGCACAGACACGAGGACCGGGGAAUGUUCUCUCAAUGUUUCUGUUGCAGAGACGUUGCGGCAACAUUUAAGUCUGCUGGACAGCAAAAAGGAAGCGGGGAAGACUGAGAUGUUGUGAUUAAUUUAAGGAAAGGAGGAAACCCGGACUAGAAGUGAAGAGACGUUUGUACUGAGUUCGGUGUUGUGGUCCUCUCUGUGCACCUAGACUCAGUCAGCCCAGUGUUGCAGCUUUUUUUGUCUCUGUUGAGUCUUAUGAAGAAAAUAUUUUUGUUUUCUAAGUUUUUACUGUUUUAUUAUUUAAAACUGUGGUGAUAAUGAUGAUGCUGUCGAUGACAAUGAGUAUUACUUGGUAUUAGAGAAGGACAAAGGAAUCUUGCACACCAUUUCUGUCUGCUUUUAUAUUUUCUAUGGUCGCUUUCGGUUCGUUUUUCUCCCUGAACAUUUCAUGAGAACAAGCACAAAACGGGCGAAGCUGCAGCCGCAGACACUCUCGCUCUUUAACGGCAUAUUUAAAACAAAAAAACAUUUUAUAACUUUACUCAUACUGGUCAUACUGGUGUUGUACGUCUAAUCUUUUCUCUCCAUAGAUGAAAAUUACCUCUAAUCUCAGAACAUUUAGAAGUGCAGCCUGUUUACACUGCAAAAACACAAAACCUUACCAAGUAUUUUUGUCUAGUUUCUACGUAAGCUUAAAAUAUAAUUAAACUAACUUACAAGUAACUUUUCGGUAAGAUAUAGCAGCUUGUUUUAAAUAUUCAAGUCCUUAAUAUUGAUGAAAACGUUUAGCUUAUAAAAAGGCUUUUUUUUCUUCAGAUAAUCUAAAAACUUCUCCUCAAUAUUAAGGAAUUAAUUAUUAAAACAAGCUUCUACACUUGGAAACUUCUGAGCCUCAAAAUAAGACAUUAUUGAGUUUCUGCUUUUUAAAAGUUAUUAAUUCCUUAAUAUUGAAACAUUUUCCCAAAAACCUACUGAAAAAAACAUUAAAUUUUGAAUUUAUCUCUGAAAUGUUCUUGAAAAAAAAAGACUUUUUUAAAGUAAAUAUUGAAAAUUUUUCCUGAAACUUUACGGGAUAAAAAAGAAAUUUUGAGGUUAAUCUCAGAAAUGUUCUUGAAAAAAUCUUGAGCUCCAAAAGUAAAAAAAAUUGCAGGAAAUUUUUGAUUUUUCUGAGUUUCAGACUUCAGAAAAUUUCCAAACUUUUGAAACUCAAACAUUUUUCCUAAGUCAAUAAUUUGACUUUUGAACUUGUAUUUUUCAACAAUAAGGAAUUGAUUAAAAAGCUCACAUCUUUCUGAAGUCACUUCUCUUAUUCCAAGUUAUUUGCAGAAUAAAACCCUUGGUAAGGUUGAUGUUUUGCAGUGCGGCUGGAGAAACGUUGGGAAUCGCUCGCUGAAGCAGCCUGAUGGGUGUAAAUGUGUUUUUCCUCUCCGUGUGGAACGAUCUUUACUGGUCAUCCUUCGCUUUGUGAACCUCCCAGUAUGCAUGAACCUCCCUCCGUCUGUUUUCUAUUUGGUUCCAAACGUAAUUAAAAAUCUAUAUACAUGGUGAUACGUUUGUUUCUACGAAGGUUCCCCGUUUUGCUGUAGGUCAGAUGUUGACUGUGAUGAUGUGGGUGGAAACGAAUCGCUGCGUUUUUAUCUGCAGCCGAGUGAAACGAAGGUUUGGCGUUUCUGUCUGCGCUCGAAUCGUUCUCAUUUAAAAGCUGGAAGUAAAUUUAUUCCAAUUCAAACUAAA